GUCGUAAUCAAAAGAGCUUAAAUACGAGUGACCUCUGGCUUGAGCGACAAGUGGGAGAACCAGAAGCGUGAGGGACGUCCUGCUUGUCUUGGCAGUAUGGCUGAGCCUAUUAGAGUUCUGGUGACCGGUGCUGCUGGGCAGAUUGCCUAUUCCCUGUUGUUCAGCAUUGCCAAAGGAGAUGUGUUUGGCCAAGACCAGCCAAUCAUUUUGCUCCUGUUGGACAUCACCCCCAUGCUGCCGGUCCUGGAAGGUGUAGUCAUGGAGCUGCAGGACUGUGCCCUUCCACUUCUGAAAGAGAUCAUACCCACUGACAAAGAGGAGGUAGCCUUCAAGGACCUGGAUGCAGCCAUCUUGGUGGGCUCAAUGCCCAGAAAGGAGGGUAUGGAGAGGAAGGACCUCCUUAAAGCGAAUGUGGCCAUCUUUAAGAGCCAGGGAGCUGCCCUGGAUAAGUAUGCCAAGAAGACUGUGAAGGUGCUGGUUGUGGGAAACCCUGCCAACACCAACUGUCUGGUUGCAGCCAAGUCUGCUCCCUCUAUCCCCAAAGAGAACUUUUCCUGCCUCACCCGUCUGGACCACAACCGGGCUCGCUCUCAGGUGGCAAUGCGCUGUGGUAUUCCAGCCACUCAGGUGAAGAAUGUGAUCAUCUGGGGGAACCACUCCUCCACACAAUACCCAGAUGUUCACCACUGCAAGGUCAACAUGUCCGGCAGUGAGCUGACCUGCUUUGACGCAAUCAAGGAUGAUGAUUGGCUUAAAGGCGAUUUCAUUACUACUGUACAACAGAGAGGUGCUGCAGUCAUCAAGGCCAGGAAACUUUCUAGUGCCAUGUCUGCAGCCAAGGCCAUCUGUGACCACAUGAGAGACAUCUGGUCAGGCACCCAUGAGGGUGAGUUUACCUCUAUGGGUGUUUACUCAACUGGCAACUCCUAUGGAGUCCCUGAAGACCUAAUCUACUCAUUCCCUGUCCAGAUCCAGAACAAGACCUGGAAAAUCGUGGACAGUCUGCCCAUCAAUGAUUUUUCCAAAUCAAAGAUGGACGCCACUGCAGCUGAACUGGUGGAGGAGAGGGACACAGCUGUGGCUUUCCUUGGAGUAUGACUAGAGCCUGCACAGCAGCACUUAGACAGCCUCAAAACUCCAGAUGCACGCCUGUGAUGAAGCACUCCACCAGCCCCUCCAUUACUGUGUGCUUGUGUGUGAGCGAGUCGGUGCUUAUGGGUGUAAAGUUGCAUUUGUAUGUCAAACGAUGUGAAUCUGAUUGUUAUUGUUAUUCAAGAUCACAAAAAUGUGUCAUACUUUUGACUACAUAUGACUGGGUAAGUUAAGUGUCAAAAGCAGAGUUGUUGUACAUCAUGAUGCACAAGUAUCACUCACCAUAAGUAUACAGUAUACACUGAAACUCCACUAUACCGGUUAAAGCUCUCUCCAUUGUUUUUCCCUUUAUUGAUUAUUACAUGGAUCCUUUUUACAGCUAGUGAAGUCCUAAAACACUGGAAUAUUAACGCUGAAACAAUAAAAUAAAUUUA